UAGCCUAGCCUUGGACUGAUGGAGGUUUGUUUCAUUUGUCAAAGGGAAAUGGAUCAAAGCCAGUGUUUGUUGUUAUAGAUUCAAACGUCAGCGGGGCACUUCCUGGCCUUCGUCCCCCUGAGCUAAUGACCACCAGCUCUGUCCCCUGUCAGUUGGCAUGGCAACCAUCUUUGACAGGAAGCUGAUUUUCAGGAAUAUUAAUCAACAAAGAGGUGCUGCUGCCAAAAAGCUCUGGAACCGUUUCCAGUCCAAGUUCCUGCAGGAUGCUGGCUGAGGAACUUACUGUGGUUCCACACUCAACCAUCAGAGAAGAAGGGACGUAAGGACAUCGUAGACACGAGAGACACCUCAGAGGUGUAAGCCACAGCUGCAGUUUUAAUGGGUCUUUAAUCACGAUCUGUGGCUCUGAGGUAAAGGAUUUUUCUGAUGUUGAUAAAGUCGACCAUCAAACCAGGGCCUCGACCCGAGGGUUUGGCCACAACACUGGUGUGGUCUAGUCUACAGCCUAAAGUCUACAGUGUAGAGCCUACAGUUGACAGUGCCUCUACAGGCUACGGUCUACAGUUUACACCAAACAGCCCACACACUAGGAGGAUCUUAACCUGCAGUCUACAUCCUACAGUCUACAUCCUACAGUCUACAUCCUACAGUCUACAUCCUACAGUCUACAUCCUACAGUCUGUAGUCCGCCGCCAACAGUCUGCAGGAAAAUCUUUACAUUUAAAGCUCACACAAGAAAUCUAACAACGAUAGAUACGGUUGUUGUCAUUGUCUUUAUACGCCACUAGAUGGCGCAUAAAGCCAAGGUCCUGGAAACACACACAGGCUUACCGUGAGGAACAUGCUUCGUGCCACGUCAUCACCAAGUAGGCGGGGCCUAUGUGAGGCAGCUGUGACCCUGACUCGGUGUUGCGGGCAGAAACAGUUUUUCUUCAGCAGCCAAUCAAAGAGCAGCACCUGCACUGCGUCACUGCAGCACCUGAGGAGACAGGAACACUUCGGUCCUGGUCUAGGAGACUAAGUUGGAUCAUGUCUGAGAGUCAGCGCUGUCAAAGACGCAAACAGACAAACCCGCGCAGAAAGAGCGUUCUUUGCUCCGAAAUCAUGGACACCAGUGUAGAGGAGGACAGGAAGUCCAACCUGGGGGACCACACCUCAGCCAGUCCAGGGAACAGUGAUGGAGCAGAGACAGAGGAGGUGAUGGACCCUCACCAAGAAGAAUCAGAAGAAUCAGGGUCACAGCAGGGGAGUAGAGGAGCUUCAGUUAACCUGGACAGACACGUUCAGACCCGGGGGGCUGAUCACAGACACCACUCCCUUCCCUUCUUUGACCACACCUGGAACAGACUUCAGAAAGUCUCUGAAAUGCAGGCAAACAUUAAAGACUUAGACACACAGUCAGAAGGGCAGCAGGUGGCACUGUUGAGCAGCUUCCGUGACAGUCUGACCAGAAUCCUGCCUGGGACCAGAUGUUUUGACGGACAUCUGAACCAGAAGGAGGACUUUCUGCUGGUUUCCUGCCAGUUCUGUAACCAAACCUUUGCUGGUCCAAUUCCACUGCACCAACACCAGCGUUACCUCUGUGUAGACCUGACCAGUCCAGUCCACAUCUUUGAAGACCAGACGGCACAGCUGAAGACCUGCUGUGGUGUAAAGACUGAGGACCUACUGAGGGUUUCCACUGUAGCUCUUAUUCCAGACUUUUUGAAGGACUGGUUCUCUCAACGGGAAACAGAAAGAGAUAAUGACAAAAUACACAGUCCGGCCGUGGAUCCACUGUCAAGAUUUGCUCGUGGUAAACGAUACUGGCAGCCCCCAGGAGACGGACCACCUGACAGUCAGCUGAAUAAGUCACCAUCAUCUCUGGACUUGUCUCCUUUGUUUUCUAUAAAUUCUCAGACUGAUUUUUUAAAUGUGAAAAGUUCUGUGUUGGAAGACAGAGAUGGACCACUGGACCUGUCCCUGCCCAGGGGUCUGGGGGUCCAACCUGCAGCUCUAUCUCUGGACAUCAUGGAAGACAAACCACACAAACCUGCUCUUUACCUCCUGGAGCGCAGGUCCGGACAAGGUUCUGGACCCUCAGACCUGGCCAACCUUAUGAAGGAGGUCACGGGUGUUGAAGACAGAGCCCCGUCUGAUUUUGGAUGGAACACUUUCCCUUCGUCUUCUUCUUCUUCUUCUCCGUAUUUUCCGACUCCUGCUCAAGCAGCCUUUGCUCUGCCCACCUUCAUGCUUCCGCCUCAGUCCUCCAUUCCCGGCCUCAGACUGGUCCCCGGUCUGGAUGACAUCAGUUUCUUCCCCCACGUUGUCUACACCUAUGCCACAGGCUCCGCCCCCCUCCAUGACACACAUCAGAAGAGCAAGAAUCUAGAGAAGCCGAUUUUUCAGAAGGAGUUUCCUGGUGGGACCUCAGCAUCACUGUCCAUGGACUUCCUGCCUGAGCUCCACCCUCUGACAAACGUGAAGCAACGAAAGAAAGGUGAAAAUGGAUCUUUUGCCUGUGACACUUGUGACAAAACCUUCCAGAAAAUGAGUUCUCUCCUCCGACACAAAUAUGAACACACAGGGAAAAGGCCCCACCAGUGUCAGGUGUGUACUAAAGCCUUUAAACACAAACAUCACCUGAUUGAACACUCUCGUCUGCACUCCGGAGAAAAGCCCUAUCAGUGUGACAAAUGUGGGAAGCGGUUCUCACACUCGGGGUCGUACUCACAGCACAUGAACCAUCGCUACUCCUACUGUAGGAGAGAGACGCAGACGUGCUAUCAGGAGGAAAGAGAGUCUGUGAAGCUGCAGAAGAAAUGAAGUCAUGUUAGCUCAGCGCUAACCUGAACCCACUAACUUGAACUCAUGUAAUCUGCACCAUUUGUUUACUGUUUGAGAAGUCAAUGCUAACUGACACAAAUGGCUUAUUUUUUUAAUUAUAUUAUGUGCACUGUCCCUGGUACAGUCUUAGUGCUGCCGCCCUGCAGGUCUCACGUGAAGGUGGUUUGACAGUUGUGUCUGUCAGACAUUAUGAAAACAGUGUUUUUGCAGGUUUGAUGUGUUCCACAGAGGAGGAGGAGGCCUCUGCUUGAUGGAGCAAAAAAAAAGAUUUUUUUAUCUUCUUCACAUGUUUAUUUUCUUUUACAAUUUUGCAGGAUCUAUUUUCCUUCAUUAACCAUUUUAUCUAAGUUUGUAUUUAUGUGAUUUGUGAUUAUGUGAAGUUUUUAAAAAAUGUACUUGAAAAUAAUUAUUGUGAGUUAUUUUAAUAAAGGUUGUUCUAGAUGACAGCUGUCACCAUCAGUCACUUGAUCUGGUCAUCUUAACCAAGCAAAACAAAAUAUGUUACAUUUAGAGAAAAU